UCCUCAAUUUUGUUUUACCCUUUUAUACACACAAGCUCUCCCACCUUCACAUUCCUCUUCUCUCUUCUCUCAACUCUCAUCUUCCACCAAGCUCAUGGACUUCGAUACCUCAGACAAAAGAGAGAGUGUGGAGGAGACAGUGAUGAUGGAGUACGAUGGAGAAAUCAAUCAGUUCGACGUUGAGUUUUGUCCUGUUGAACAUCCGGUUGAACCGGAAGAAGAAGAUCGUCCGGUUAAAUGUCCCGUACCAAUCUCAUCCUCCCUCGUCCACAAACCAAUGGAGAAAUCUAAACCGGGAUGGGUAAAACAUAGAGCCAGCAGCUACGAAACUUCGGUUUAUCCACCACCACCACGUCAUCAUGUACGUAACGUACGUAAGAGACACAACUCGUUCGACGUGGAAGGAAACAACAACUUCUUCACGAGAUCUCAUCAUGAUGACGAAACCACAACAUCUCGAAGAUCUAACAUCACCAUCUACCGAGUUCUUCAAUAAGUUCACUCAGUUCGAGCCGUGAAUAUAUCAAAAUCUCUUAUUAUGUAUUGAGAGUCGAUCGGUUCUAUUGUGAGAUGUUAUUACUUUUUUUUAGCCGGCGAUUUGAUUUAAAGUUUAUGUUGGAUGUGGGUUAAAGUAGAAUAUGUAGUUUGAUCAAUGUAGUACCACGGUUUCGGUAUACUUGUUAUUCGGUGAUAACCGGUCCGGUCAGAUUCGGUUACCAUCUUAGAAAAUGUUAUAAUCUCUAGCUUUUUAUGAGUGCAUGGCCAAUUUCAGUAUAACCUAAUUUAAGAA